ACAGCACAUGUUUUUCUUGACCAAAUACGACACAAUCCCAUUGCCUUCCAGUCAAAAAAACACACUAACCACUUUGUCUGUAUAGCUUCAAAUUUCACCCAGGACAAAGUGCGGAGUUGUAUCUCUCGCUUCACAUAUCCCACUCUGGCUGUAAACCUACACUCACUUCCCUGAAAUAAUUACUGGGCGGAGAUAUCUUUCUUGAAGCUGGAAAGUGAAACUGGGAAAACAUUUGGAAUGCGUGAUGCUGCUUGUAGCUGGAAGGUUAACAUUAUCACAGUUUGCAUCUAGAUUGCACCCGAAGUUGCACCAACCCUGAAGCCCAAAGCGGUUAAACCCAAGGCAAACGAAGAUGGCGCCAGAAUCAAGCUUUUCCCCACCUACCAAAUUUCUGCCGGGACCCGGUGAGCCGCAGGAGCCUUGGAAUGACUGGAUAAAGUAUUUUGAGUUGUACAUUACACAAAGAGGCUUGCCAGAGGAAGAGAAGAUGGCACUGUUAAGCGUUUACCUUGGGAAGGAGGGACUGCGCAUCUUAAAUACCUUGACAACGAUUGAAACAUAUGCAGCAAUGAUUGAUGCCCUCACUGCUUACUACAGCAUAGCUCAGGAGCCUCAAGACUGUCAGGAGCCUCAAGACUGUCAGGAGCCUCAGGACCCGGAUGAUUCACAAAGAAUCAAACAGAACAGAAAAAGGAUGAUCAUUACAGGAGCAGCAGCAACAGUGGGAGCAGCUGCGGCAGUGGUGGGGGCACCAGUUGCCCUGGGAGUGGCAGGUUUGACUACUGUUGGGGUUGCUGCUGGAGCAACUGCAGGGGGCGCCGCAAUAGGAACAGGUACUGCUGCAGCAGUAACAGCAACAGUGGGAGCAGUUGCGGCAGUGGCAAUGGCACCAGUUGUCCUAGGAGCGAUAGGAUUCACUGCUGGUGGGAUUGCUGCUGGAUCAUAUGCAGCAAGCAUGAUGUCUGCAGCGGCUGCGGUAAAUGGAGGUGGGAUAGCAGCCGGGGGUCUUGUUGCUGCUCUACAGUCAGCAGGUGCUGCAGGGCUUUCAGGAGUGGCUACAGCGGCGGUGGGGGGUGUUGGAGCUGCAGUUAGUGGAGCCAUGGGAUGGGUGGCCGCAGGAGCAGGGUUCUCAGGAGCAGCAGCAGCUACUACAGCAGCUACGGCAGGUGCUGCAGGGCUCUCUGCAACGGCUACAGCAGCCGUGGGAGGUGUUGGAGCAGCAGUUGGGGGAACAGCAGGAUGGCUGGCCUCAAGGACUAGGACACCUGAAGGAGAAGAAGAGACAGGAGCAGCUACAGCAGCUGCUGCAGGAGGUGCUGCAGGGCUUUCAGGAGAGGCUACAGAGGCUGUGGGAGGUGUUAGAGCAGCAGUUGGUGGAGCGUCUGAAGGGGAGGGAGGAGUCGAGGAGAGAGAGCUUUCAGGAGCGACUACAGCAGCUGCAGAAGGUGUGUGAGGUGUUAGAACAGCAGUUGGUGGAGCGGCGGGAUGGCUGUUCUCAAGAAUCAGGACGUCUAAAAAGGAGGGAGGAGAGGGAAGAGAGGAUGAGAAGAGAUCCCGGAAGAGGGCCCUUUACAUAAAUAAAAAAACGGAUUGAUACUGCAACAUUCAUGAAAGUGUUUUGAAUGAUUUCAUAUAGGUGUUAUGAGUGCAUAUGUAUACCCCCUUUGGUGUUGCCAAACAUACAUAUAUAUCCACUCAACAUGUAUUUUUUCCUAGUGGUUAGAGCACUGUAACUGAGCGUUUGCUGGAUCGAAUCCCUGAGCUGACAAGAUAAAAAGCUGUCGUUCUGCCCCUGAGCAAGGCAGUUAACCCACUGUUCCCCGGGUGCCGAAGACGUGGAAGUUUAUUUAGGGUUGGGUUAAAUGCGGAUGACACAUUUCAGUUGAAGGUAUUCAGUUGUACAACCAACUAGGUAUCCCCCUUUACAAACAGACGCAUGCAUAUCCACUCACAGGAACACAUAGGCAUGUGACACACACAUACUUUCAAAAUAGAAGUCUAUUGUAUAAUGGAAAAAUGUUUGUUUUUUUGUCACCGUACCCAGCCCUAUGACACACCAAACACAGAACAAGUGUGGUUCCCUUGCACAUUCUGGAUAACUGUAAUUUAACUUCUUACGGCUGAAAUCCAGUUAACGGGAUCAAUAUGACAACAGCCAGUGAAAGUGCAGGGUGCCAAAUUCAAACAUCUCAUAAUUAAAAUUUAUAACAUACAAGUAUUAUACACCAUUUUAAAGAUAAACUUGUUGUUAAUCCCACCACAGUGUCCGAUUUCAAAAAGGCUUUACGACGAAAGCAUACCAUGCGAUUAUGUUAGGUCAGCACCUAGUCACAGAAAAACACAGCCAUUUUUCCAGCCAAAGAGAGGAGUCACAAAGCAGAAAGAGAAAAUUAAUCACUAACCUUUGAAGAUCUUCAUCAUAUGACACUCAUAGGACUUCAUGUAUGUUUUGUUCGAUAAAGUUCAUAUUUGUAUACAAA